AACCCAAAAAAGUCCACCAAAGUACUCCAAGGUUUGAUCACGUCGAUUUAUCAAUACUCGGGUCAGUAUUAGUAUUACUAUAGUCCAUCUCUCUCUCUCUCUCUCUCUCUCUCUGUGGCAAUGGCUGGACUUCGAUUGGGGCCAGAUGACUCGGAGCUAUCGCAGCAGAGCCGAGCUGCUCCGGCCGAUCUCAUCUCCGACGACGACCGCUCCGUCGCCGCAGACUCAUGGUCCAUCAAGAGUGACUACGGAAGCACUCUCGACGACGACCAGCGCCACGCAGACGCUGCCGAGGCCCUCUCCGCCGCUAACCUCCGCGCCCCCUCCGAUUACAGUUCUGACAAGGAUGAACCAGAUGCUGAAGGUGUGACAUCAAUGCUAGGUCUUCAGAGUUAUUGGGAUGCUGCAUAUGCAGAUGAGUUGGCGAAUUUUCAUGAACAUGGUCAUACUGGUGAAGUUUGGUUUGGAGCUGAUGUCAUGGAAGUUGUCGUCUCUUGGACCAAAAACUUAUGCAUUGAUAUUUCUCAAGGUCGCAUGCCAAAUCAUGUUGAUAAUAUCAAGUCUGAUCCUGUUGAACAAGGUGAUAAGUAUCUUUCAGAUUGGAGUGUACUUGACAUUGGGACUGGCAAUGGAUUGCUACUUCAAGAACUUUCCAAGCAAGGGUUUUCGGAUUUAACUGGAACCGAUUAUAGUGAAGGAGCGAUUGACCUUGCUCGAAGCCUUGCUGGUCGUGAUGGAUUACCCAACAUUCAUUUUUUGGUUGAUGAUGUUCUAGACGCCAAGUUGGAAAGGCAGUUUCAACUUGUUGUGGACAAAGGAACCUUAGAUGCCAUUGGAUUGCAUCCAGAUGGUUCUAUCAAAAGGGUAAUGUAUUGGGAUUCAGUUUCAAGAUUGGUGGCUCCUGGUGGAGUAUUGGUGAUCACAUCAUGUAACAACACAAAAGAUGAAUUGGUGCAAGAAGUGGAAAGUUUCAAUCAAAGAAGUGUGACCCAGGAACAUGAUGAAACACCCAAAGAUAAGUUCCAAUACCUUAGUCAUGUCCGCACAUAUCCGACAUUCAUGUUCGGUGGAUCUGUAGGAUCACGUGUUGCCACUGUGGCAUUUCUCCGAAACUGAAUCACUAAUCCUUGCGAGUAACAUGGUUUGAUGCGGUUCAUGCAUUUGUGUGUGCACACUGAGAAAGUAAAUGUACUGACUUGUGCAAGUUCUUUUAUUUGUUUGAAAACCAUGAAACUCUCUGAUUCAUUUUAAGCUAUUUCUUCUUUGUCAGGGUUUCUGCUAUGCAAAGUUUAUACAUAAAAUG